AUGUCGUUGUCAGCUAGAACAAGUGGCUUUUUGGAGGCCAAGAAUAUUGAUGAACAGGUCAAAAAUGAUUUAUUAUCUUGUGACAUAAUUAGCAUUGCAGUUGAGGAAAGUACCGACAUAAAUAGUAUUGGUAGGUUUGCAAUAAUUAUUAGAUUUGCAUCAAUAAAUAGCUCGAAUGUCAAUGAAGAACUAUGUGUUCUUGCUUCAAUGAAUGAAACCACCAAAGGCAAUGAUAUUUUUCAUCAAGUACAAGAGUUUACAAAUUUCAAAAAUGGGCAAGUAUUGGAUUUAAAAAGUAAAUUGUUUUCCAUAACAACUAAUGGUGCUCCAAGUAUGAAAGGAAAAACUGUUGGAUUUGUAAAACUAAUGGAAAAAGUUGUUAAGAUCAUAAACAUGAUAAUAGUGCGAUCAGCAUUAAUACACAGGCGCUUUAAAGCUUUUUGGAGGAAAUUGAAUCAAAAUAUGUAG